AUGUAUCCUCAAAGAUCUUACCGUUCAAUAUUGAAUGAUUUUUUAUCUCGUAUUAAUGAGAACAGAAUUCGCAUUCCUCCUUAUAAUAAUGAUGCACAAAUAGUUGCGGCGCAAGCAAGAAAUGGUGGAAGAAUUCAAAGGUUAACGGGAAAAUGUUUAUUGAAACAAAAUAUACAACGCGAAGCCAAUCGGUUGCAUAUACAUCGUCAGCGUAUAAUUAAUCUAGCAACCGUUCGUAUAUGGAAUAUACAUUUCGGAACCUAUCAAAGAAACCAAUUUUCAACUUUGGCGAAUGAUGCAAAUCAUAUAAACCAAAGACGACUAACGCAUAUUCGCAUGACAAACCAAGAAGACACCCUUCAUAGAAUCUCUCAAAUGACUCUGUCACAACUUCAUGAAGGUUGGUUAAGAGUGAAUCUGACUGGUGAUGUCCAAGAUGAUGAUGGAUUGAAAGCUUCGGGAUGA